AGCAUCUUCUUUGGGGCUGGAAGAAGACAUUUAGAGAGGAUGUGACUGAUUUUUGUUUCCAUUUAUUUUUGUCUUUGCAGAACAUGAUCAAAUGAGUUACCUUAGCCAGCUUGGUGACUGCUUCAGGUCUGGUAGUCAUCUGUGUAGCAAAGUGGGUAAAAUCAUUCAAUUUCUUCCCUGCUGGCCCUGGAAGGAGAGGGGCUGUGCGCUCAUCCCCACCCAUUAGCUAUGCCCUCUUUUCUCCGAAUGUCGAUUUAAGGCAGCAAGCAGCUGUCUUCUCCACAGCAUCUUCCUAGCAAACUUUAAAGGGCAUUUUAUCCAAUAGAAAGAACAUCGAAAAAUGCUCUGGUCUCUAGUGCUGAAGAAUCUCGGAUUCGACAGUUUUCCCAUCCAGAUAUAAUGCACUUUAAUUGAAGAAAAGCCGAACUGAGCUACAAGUCUGUUUCUUAUGGUGCUGGAUCACUCCUACCGAACUGCCCCAAGACCAGUCCUGAGAAAGGGCUCUGACAGACCCAAGUCACCUGUGCACUUAGCUUUCCCUGGGGACUUAAAUUUGGAAGUAUCCCGUUUCCAUGAUACCCUCCAAGAUGAUGAGUGCUAAUCCCGAAGAAGACCCUUUGGACACUUUUCUCCAGUAUAUUGAGGAUAUGGGGAUGAAAGCAUAUGAUGGUCUGGUUAUUCAAAAUGCAUCCGACAUUGCCCGCGAGAACGAUCGCUUGAGAAAUGAAACAAAUCUGGCUUACCUGAAAGAGAAGAAUGAGAAACGGCGAAGACAGGAAGAAACAAUCAAACGCAUAGGGGGAGAAGUAGGGCGAGGCCAGGACGCCAGCUACGCGGGCAAGCAUUUCCGCAUGGGGUUCAUGACGAUGCCUGCUCCACAGGACAGACUCCCACAUCCCUGCUCCAGCGGAUUCACUGUGAGAUCUCAGUCCCUGCACUCUGUCGGGGGCACUGAGGACGACAGCAGCUGUGGAUCCCGGAGACAGCCACCUCCCAAGCCCAAGCGAGACCCCAGCACCAAGCUUAGCACUUCAUCCGAGACAGUCAACAGCACUGCAGCCAGUAAAAGUGGGAGACCUCUGGAAAGGCCAGAAGUGUCUGCCAAGCCAAGACCCCACAGUGACGAAUAUUCAAAGAAAAUCCCCCCACCGAAACCAAAACGGAAUCCCAACACUCAGCUUAGCACGUCAUUCGAUGAAACCUACAUCAAAAAACAUGUGCCAAGAAGGACCUCGCUCCCACGGGAUUCAUCUCUGUCCCAGGUCUGCAGCCCUGCGGCAGACCCGGAAGAAGAGGAGCCCGUGUACAUCGAGAUGGUGGGUAACAUUCUGAGAGACUUCAGGAAGGAAGAAGACGACCAGAGUGAGGCUGUGUAUGAGGAGAUGAAAUACCCCAUUUUCGACGACCUCGGUCAUGAUUCCAAAUGUGACUUUGACCAUCACAGUUGUUCUUCGCAGUGUGCUACUCCCACGGUGCCUGACUUGGACUUCCUCAAGUCUUCAGGACCAUGUACUCCUAAGGGUCUGCUCUGUGACAUACCCCCACCCUUCCCCAACUUACUUUCUCAUAGACCACCCCUGCUGGUGUUCCCACCAGCCCCAGUGCACUGCUCCCCCAAUUCUGAUGAGUCUCCGCUGACCCCUCUGGAGGUCACAAAGCUUCCUGUAUUGGAAAACGUGUCUUACAUGAAGCAGCCACCUGGGGCAUGUCCACCCUCCCUGCCAUCGCACACCUCCAGCCACGCUAAAGACCAGACCGGAGCCCUGGGCCCGGCGCCUGCAGCGUCUGUGCUCUCCUCGUCUCCUCCGCCUCCAUCCACUCUGUACAGAACCCAGUCUCCUCAUGGCUAUCCAAAAAGUCAUUCUACCUCCCCAUCCCCUGUCAGCAUGGGGAGGUCCCUGACGCCCUUGAGUCUCAAGAGGCCUCCCCCCUAUGACGCUGUACAUUCCGGCAGCCUCUCAAGAAGUUCUCCCUCAGUGCCUCAUUCGACCCCCAGACCCGUGUCGCAAGAUGGGGCCAAGAUGGUCAACGCCGCAGUGAACACCUACAACGCUGCGCAGAGUGGAUCCAGGUCCCGGACACCAACCAGUCCUUUGGAGGAGCUCACCAGCCUUUUUACCUCAGGCCGUAGCCUGCUGAGGAAGUCAUCCAGCGGCCGAAGGUCCAAAGAGCCCGCAGAGAAAUCCACUGAAGAGCUCAAAGUCCGAAGCCACAGCACGGAGCCAUUACCAAAGUUGGACAGCAAAGAGAGAGGUCAUUAUGGGUCAGCUUCUUCCAGAGAGUCAAUGAAAGCUCAAGAAUGGGAUGGAACCCCAGGUCCACCUGUGGUCACCAGCAGAAUGGGCAGAUGCUCUGUGAGCCCUACAUUGUUGGCAGGAAGCCACAGUUCAGAACCUAAAGUAAGCUGCAAGCUAGGCCGGUCUGCAUCUACAUCAGGAGUUCCUCCUCCUUCAGUGACUCCUCUCAGACAAGCCAGUGACCUACAACAGAGCCAGGUGGCAUGCAUGCAGUGGUUUCAUGGAGACCAUACAAUGCUUGAGAUGAUUGAGAAAAAGCGUUGCUUGUGCAAAGAAAUAAAGGCUAGACAGAAAACGGAAAAGGGCCUUUGCAAACAGGAUAGCAUGCCAAUCCUACCCAGCUGGAAGAAGAAUGCAGGAACAAAGAAGUACAGCCCUCCACCCUAUUCUAAACAGCAAACGGUAUUCUGGGAUACUGCCAUAUGAGUGUGUACGGGCAUGAGCUCCACUUUGCUUAAUACAAGGGAGGUUGACUUGGUCGUGUAAAAUUAAUUGUUACAUAUAUUCUCUGUUGAUGUGGAAUACCACAGGAAUCUGCGGGUACUGUGGCAAGUCCGAGAUAAAAAUGUGUUUGUCCUUGUAAUUAAGGCACACUCUCUUGUGGUGGAUUAUUAUGAAUCCAGAAAAUAUUAAACUGUAAAUAUUUUGCUAGUUUAUGGGUGACACCUGAAAUAAUAUUCCUUAAACAUAUUUAAGUUGGAGAAAUAACAGAAAUGUUUACUAGAUGAUAUAAUUUGGUAUUAACCAGUUUGUUAUCUCUUUUAUAUGUAACCCCUGGAUGCCUUUUCUUAUUAAUUUUUUGCAUUUAGAAUGUCUUUGUCCUCCUGCCCACAUUUGGCUUCUGUGGAAGAGCUCACAGGUAUACGUCCUAUUUAAGCACAUCAUAUGUGAUCUGGUGCUAGCAAUACAGAAGUUGAAUAUUAUGUUUGUAAAGAUUGUCUGCUGCUUUCUAUGUUUGUAGGGGAUAAAUCGGAAAUGAACGAAAGUAUAUUAGUCUGCACAUCCAUGUUACCCUGAGGUGGACAAUCUUUGCUUCAGUGACUUCCUAAGGAUUUGUUUCAUAUCCUGGUAUUUGCACUUAGUAUUAGUUAGUCAGACUAUAGUGGAAGGCUGUAGGAUAUAUUGGGACAUUCCUGCAGCAAACUUUCUUUCAGAAAUUACUUUUAGGGAUGUGUGUGUCCUUGCAGCAUUGAUCUGAUUGGAGGAGACCAGGGUUCACUGUGACAAUUGAAGGAACAAAAAAACAAAACCUUAAGAGCUCAGCUAUUUUCAAGGAAAUGGGAGCAGAGGCACGAUAGACAUGGUAUUUUUAAGUAACAUUCCAUGGGCAUGAUUCUCCCACAAGAAGUUGAAAAAUGAACAUUCAGCUAUAGCAAUUUCCAAGUUUUAGUAUACUCCAUGCCAACCUUCCUCAAAACUUAAGUCCAUUCAUGGAAAAGUAUUUCUUGCCAAUCGUUUUAAGCUAGUUAUUACAUUUUGGGGUCAUAAUCUUCUGUUCAUAACUAUCACACCCGUUCUUACUGAUUAUGACACCAUGACCAAAGAGUUAUGACCACUUUGGAAUUUAAUUUAAUUAUUUUUUUGUUUUACGGAAGUAAAGGAAAUGCAGGGGAGAAAGAAUAGGGUGAACUCAACUUUAUGUGGUAGUAAACUUUAAGUUAAGAAGUUUAAUUUAAGAAAAAUAGUAUAUAUCUUUAAAAGUAACUUGUUAGUUGAAAAUAAAUAUUGCCACGAAUAAAUAAAAAGGAAACUAUCACAUAUAUUUUGUAUAUUUAAAUUAAUAUUUAUGCUUCCUAAAAUUGACAGUAUGUGGUUCUUCAUUAACAAUCAAUUUAGUAUUAUAUUUCUGAGAGGAAAAAGUGUGUUUGAAGUUAUUAUCAUAGCAGUUUUUCUUGUAAGGGUAUUGACAGCAAUAGUUCCAUGCUGCUCAAUAAAACCAAAUAUAACAGAAGUUAAGGAAUUUUUGUAAUCUAUAUUGAUAAAAAAAAAGUUCUAGUAAUUCUUUAUCAGUAAAAGUUCCUUGAAGAGAGUUUGAAAUGUUAUAACAUAAUUUUUUAAUGUUUUAUAAUUAAUGUAUAUUUUGAUGUCCAAUUAUAAUCCUGAAAGAAUAAGGAAAAUGGUAAGUGGGAGCAUGUGUUGUGUGAGUGUGUGUGUAUGUGUGUGUGUGUGUGUGAACAAUCAGUGGGAAAACUGUAUAUAUAAAAUGCUUACUGAAAUUGUAAGUUAUGCUCGUAUAAGUAAGAGGUGACAAAGGCAAAGUCACAAAUAUAGGAUACCACAGAGAGAUCUUAAAUAGCUUAAAUGAAUGCUGUUGCUGUCUUUUACCAGCUAUGUAGACUUAUAAUACAAGCCCAGCAAUCAUACAGCACAGGCAAACGAGUGAUGAAAACGUUUUAAGAUAAAAUCUUAAUUGAAAUCAAGUGUGUUUUGGGCCCAAAUUGUUAUCUUGAUUUAAGUUACUAUGACCUCAUAUAUUCAAACCAAUCAAUCAAACACAAGGCACCAUUUGUCAGAAUCUCUGUGAUCUUAUCAUUUCGGCUAUUACAGUAAAGAUGAGCCCUCUCUUGGCAUUUAAGUGUAGGAAAUAUAUUUCCAAGUGUGUUUGCACUGGCUGAUCUUAUACCUAUCACUCUGAAUUAGGCAGAAGGGAAUUUUUAAUGUUGGUCACUUGUUUAGAAGGAAACAGAGGUACUAAAAUGAUUUAGUUGGACUCAACCAUUCAUGGGUCUUCUGUUCAUGCCAGGGCCACAUGUCACGUACUCCCUUUUCAAAUCUGUUAUUUUUGGAGGAGUUAGCUGUUUUGAACAUUUGAACUUAGGUAACCAUUUCCAUUUAUUUCUCAAAAUCUCUUUCUACAUGAGAAAGAGUUGGAAUAUCUGGAAAGAUGGCUUCACUUGGACUUGACUACAGAUGUGUCAUCUGUGCCUAUAUAAUAAAUAAUUGUCCACUGUGGCAAUUAGCUAUUCUACAGUCAACUUCAUCUUUGUAUAGAGUUUCUCUUCGUUGUGAGAAAAGAAUCAUUAGUAGCUAGAGAAAACCAUGCUGACUCUCUGGUGGCAAUAAAUCAGACACUUCACCUGGUCAGAAGAUAAUCUGCAGCCAGCACAUGAUGUCAUGAUAAAGCUCACAUUUCUAGCAAUGCCAAAGAACAAAUCAUAUGAAGGCAUGUUAUCAGGCAAAGGGAACUCAUACUCAUGACAAAUUGUCUUUUCACAGCAAAUGUUGUAGAAACAGAAUUUUAUUGGCUGUCAGCAAGACGGCUUUAUGUGCGAAAUACUUCUUAGUAGAGAAGACAUGAAUUUCCUUAGAAAUGAUGGGAGGAAAGGAUAAAAUACUGUGUUUUCCCCAUCACAGAAGCCAGCACUACGUGAGAAAUCACACUUUACAGAGACACUGCCAAUAUCUCCCUCCGCAUGCUAUUGAAGCAAGAUUGGGGUAAAAAGUGAUUGAAUUUUCAGCUACAUAAUAAUUGAGAAAGAAAAGCAAACACCAAGAGGUAAAGUGUGUUAUUUUUAAGUGCAUACACCUUUUGAAUACAAAAUAAUUGUUUGGACAUAAGAUCGCUUUUCAAAAUAGUGACAGUUCCGAACCAUUGACAAACAACAAGAUUUUGUUCAAAUGGUUCUAGAAAGCAGACCUAUGUGACAUAUGUGUAGUCUUGUCUACACCCAGAAUUAGGUUGGCUUCCUUUGAACAAGUUAAACAGAAAGUCAACACACCUGAACAGCCCCAGCUAGUUACUGUUUCAAUAAAGUCAUCAGAAGAAUGCUCCUAUAGAUACAUUUUAUAUCACUUACAUGCUAAACUCAGUCAGGUUCUCAAUGGAGAUCUUAUAAAUUAAUCAUGUUUCCAGUUGAAAUUAAGCCAAAUAUUCCUACAAUUUAUGGAGUAUGUAAUUUGGGGAGGGGGGUUGUAAGUCUUACUUGGAAAGGAAUGUAGAAAGGAUAGACCAUGAUCCCCUCAUGAAUUAUAUCCCAAAUUUAAAAGGAAAUAAAGGAGAUAUGACACAUACAAUACAUAGGGACACUUACAACACCUUCCUGGUUCGGAAUAAUAACUAGCUAAUUGCAUAAUUUGAAAAAUUUGUUAGUAAUGAAUCAUUUCUUUAAAAGUUCACUGUAUCAUUUUAUUAGACAGUUUCAGAAGCACUUGGAAUUGAACAUUGAAAUAAAUGUGGUUUUUGAAAUUAGAGAACUCAAUUAUAAAAUCAUUAAUAUUUUCAAAAUAAAAAGCCAACUGGAGUAUACAUGAUUUCACAUGUUUGGCAGCUUUUAAGUGGUUUUAUGCAGCAUUCUUGUUGUUUUCUGGUCAAGUGUACAGUCAAAAUAAAAGAUGAAAAUAUACUAAAUUUAUGUCUAAGUAUAGCAUCUGUGUAUGUGUAAGCUUCUACCUGUACAUUGCAAUAUGUACUGCUAUCUGUGUAAAUCAGUAAAAGAUAACACUGUUUUAUCAUGUUACAUGUAGACAUUGUGGCUUGGGGUUUGGAUGGUUUAAAGCCCUCUCAUAUUUGGGUCAAUUCUAUUGGAAUAACAAUCUAGAAAAAUAUCUGGUAACAUUUCCUUUUAUUAUUAUGAAGCUUCAGACUUAAGGAAGAACAUUUUAAAAAUUAUCACUGAAUUUAUCUCUAAUAAAAAUAUGAAUAUUCCUUCAAAGUUUUGCUCCCAAAUAUAACUGGGUUUGUCCACCCUACAUGCAUUUAUAUUUAAACAUGUACACACUCAGAGACAGAAUGCAUACUGUAUAUAAUAUAUAUGACAAUGUUUAGUAUGCACUUCUUUUGUUUGGACUUCUUAAUAUUUAUAGUGUAGCAAUUUGUGUAAAGUGCACUGUGAUUAUAAGGAGAAUCAAAGCACAGUACAGUCACACUUUUGUUAUCUUGCACUAAAAGCGUGUUUACGUAUUUAGCAAUUGUAUGUUUACUUUCUUGACUUUUCAAACAUUUGAAACAAAUCGCUAUGAAAAAUGAUAUAAACUAAUCUGUUUUUUAGUGGAUAAUUACACUACAUUUUUAAAAGACAGGGUUUUUAAAGAAAAUCAUUUAACAUCCAUUCCAACAUUAAGAAGUUUACCAUAUCUAAAAAUCUGAAUGUCAUAUUGCAUUUUUCAUAACUCAUUAGCAAUGUCAGGUAUGUGCCUGGAUAUUUGUGCAAAUAAGCAUUAGAUAACAGAUUUCUCUAUUCAUGUAUUCCUAGGCAUUUCUAUAUACAUAAUAAUAUAAACACUGAUGUUUUAAUGUCUCUUAAUUUUGUACUUGAUUUUUUAGUAAUAUGUAAUUAUAUAUGUACUUUGAUACUACCGAAGUAACCAGAUGUUGUUUGAAAACAAAUUGAUUUCUCUUUAGUGCAUUGACAAUAUUUUAUGAUAUUUUGUGCUUAUUUAUUUGUGCUCCCGUGUAAUUACAA